CUGGCCUUCUUCCCUCGGGGCCUGCAGUAGGCUUCAAGGUCAGGGUUCCUGUUCUGUCCUGGGCUCUUGCCCUCCUGAGCUUGCCAGUACCAGUGUCCUGCCUUGAAGGAUGCUCUGUAGGACAGCACUGCUCUAUCCCACAUCCUUCCAGGAAUGACAGUUGGGAAGUCUGUUCGGGGCAGGUGAGGGCUUCACAGGCAGUUAGGCUGUGAAGUCACAAGGUUCUGGUAAGGAAAGGAUGGUUCCAGAAUAGCCCUAUUGCCCAACUGUGCCUACCUCCCAGGGAUCCUCUGGGGAGGAGACAAGAUGUAAAGGCAAGAACUUAUCAUCUUACCACUUCCCCAGCCGCCACAGCCUUCCAGCCAACUUCCUCAGUCCUUUUCCAGCACGACCCCUAGCUGCCCUGGCGCAGUGUCCAACUUUAGCUACUGGGGCACUGGGUUCAGGCUAAAGCCAGAGAUGAGGGCUGCUGAAGCCAUGUCAGAGCUGGCUGACAGUCUCUUGUCUGAGGUGUCGCCCCAUUCACAAACCAGCACUGUCACCCUCGAGGACCUAGAAUUGCUCCUGGUAGAAGGUCUGGCCAGCUCUGAGCCCUUGAGUCUAGAAGAGAACUCUGAGAGGAUUGAGUCCAGCCCCUUGGUGUCCAGUACCCCUCCCCACGAGCAGGAUACCUCCAAGCACUUGGAGGAAUGGGUGGCCAAAUUGCAGGCUGAGGUGGUGUCUCUACGGGGACACAAGGUGCACUGUAAACAGGCUUCUCUGAGCCUGCUGAGGGAGCUACUGCAGGUUCGUGGGCGCAUGCAGCUGCAAUCUUCAGAGCUCCGGCAGCUGUGGCAAGAGAUGCAGCGUGUGGUCCAAGUCCCUGAGAAGGAGAUGCAGGUGGUGAGCUCCCCACCCACAGACCAGGCUUCCUUCCCUCGGGGUUGGGGCCACUGCCUUCUGGACCCUGAACCUGCCUUCCGUGCCCCCACCUGCAUUUGUUUUGGAGAGAUACAGGGUGGAUGGCAGGUGCAGCCUGCCCAGCCCCACACCCUCCUCCUUACAGUUCCCUGGGGCCCAGAACCAGAACCAGAUGCAGAUCCUGGACAAAAGGCUGGUGGAGGUCCGAGAAGCCUUGGCCCAGAUCAGGAGGAAGCAGGCGCUGCAGGAUGCAGAGCGGAAGGGCUCCGAGCAGGAGACCAACCUCAGGCUCGUCAAGCUGACUGGGUGGUUGAGACAGGAAGAACAGGCCCGGGAGGCAGCCUGCAGCACUCUGCAGAAGAGCCAAGAGGAAACCAGCCAGAAGGUGGACCACGAGGUGGCCAAGAUGCAGGCUCAACUGACCAAGCUUGGAGAAGAGAUGAGCCUCCGCUUUCUGAAGAGGGAGGCCAAGCUGUGCAGCUUCCUACAGAAGAGCUUCCUGGCUCUGGAGCAGUGGCCAUGUCUCCACAGAGAAUGAAGGCCUUGGAAGGCACACGGCUGGAGUCAGAGAGAAGCCUGCGGGAGGAGCUGGAGGACCAUUGGCAGAAGCUGCAGGAACUGACCGAAGAUCGUGUCCAGGCCCUGUGGGGACAGCGUGAGCAAGAGGAAGAGGGCUGCCUGCGGGAGCAGUGCCGGGGUCUGGAUGCAGCUGUGGUUCGUCUCACCAAGUUCGUGCGACAGAACCAGAUGUCACUGAGCCAUAUCCUGCUGAUGGAGCAGAAGGCCCGGGUCUCCAAGGUGGGUUUGGAAGAAAGUCAGGCUGGGGAGUUGGCCUCCUACAUGCAGGAGAACCUGGAGGCUAUACAGCUGGCAAGCAAGCUGUCCCGGCAGGAGACACAAGGUGCAAUGGAGCUGCUCCAAGAAAAGAGCCAGGUCCUAGAAAGAUCAGUAGCCAACCUGGCUCAGCAGUUGAAAGACCUGGGUGAGCACUGCCUGGCCCUGAGCUGGAGGUUGGAAUUGCAGGAGCAGACAUUAGGCUUGAGGCUGUCUGAGGCAAAGACUGAGUGGGAAGGUUUAGAGAGGAAAUCCCUUGAGGACCUGGCCCUGUGGCGAAAGGAAGUUGCAGCCCACCUGCAGGAGGUUCGAGAGAAGGUAGACCGUCUCCCCCAACAGAUAGAAGGUGUCUCAGAUAAGUGUGUCCUUCACAAGAGUGACGCAGACCUGAAGAUCUUGGCAGAGGGCAAGGCCAGAGAGUUCGAGGUCAGGGCUAUGCGGCAGGAGCUGGCGACUCUGCUGUCAUCUGUGCAGCUGCUCAAGGAGAACAACCCUGGGCGGAAGAUUGCAGAAAUCCAGGGCAACCUGGCCACGUUUCAGAAGCAAAUGAUAAAGUUAGAAACCAGCAUCCAGGCCAACAAGACCAUCCAGAACCUGAAGUUUAAUACAGAGACCAAACUGCGUUCAGAGGAGAUAGCGGCCCUGCGGGAGAGCAUGCUGCACCUGUGGAGCGAGGAGGGCCCAUGGCCGCUAACACUGGGCAGCAGGCGGGUGUUCAUGUCCCUGGUGAGGCAGCGAUUUUUCAUCAAAGAUGUGGCCCCUGGUGAGCAGGUUCCCAUGAACUGUUGGGGCAUCUAUCAGGCUAUGAGGUGGCUUCAGUGGAAGGCCAUCCUCUUGAAACGAGUGGCUCAGCAGAGGCCAGAAGCAGUGUCAGAGACUGGCCACAGGGAUACUGUGCCCCAGCCCACACCUGUGUAAUUCCCCCAGAAAUAAAUGUGUUAGCUCUUAUACCUGU